GUCGUUAUGGGAACCCCAGAGCCAAGAUGGCGUCCUCCAGCUGUUAUCCACUGCACAGACGAGUGUUCCUAUAAAAACUCACGUGAAAAUUGUACGAAUUAUCAUGAAACCGAGUGAUUAAAAUAUGGUGAAGGUGCAAAGAGUGUCAGCAAUACGUGGAGCGGCGCCUGGAGCUUGGGAAAUAGCUUCUGAGGAUUCCAGCGUCGAGAGUGAUCCCCUGCCCAGAGAAAUGGACAUAAAAACCUCUGACUUCGACAGACCAGGUAUUUCCACAUUCCUUCGAAACACCGGACGUAUUCCAGAACCCUCCAGGAGUCCAAAUUCCCUCCCAAAGGCUGAUUUCAUAAUGAAAUGGCUGAUGGCCUCAGAAACCGAGACCUCCCAGAAUUCAUCCUUGACUUCAGUGAUCUGUGACAGCCCCCCAGGGUUGAAGAGAGCCCCGAGGUCACCCCUUCGUCAGUUGAAUGAAUUAAAACGUCCCAGGAUGAUGGAGGAACCUGGGGAUUCCUCACAGAGAGGAAUCAACUCCUUGACGAAACAAUUAACCUCACCUCGAGCCUCUAAACACCUCAAGGAGAAUUUCGAGGGCUCGGACAGUCCUCGGAUCUCAGAAAGAAUCUCGAGGGUGUCGUCCCCAAGGAAUACUCAGGAGAGCAUAGAAACGACGACUUCCCUGUCUCCCAGGUCGAAGUUAGCAGCUUGUAGAGCUGUUAUUUUCGGCGUUAACCUGAGAGAAAGUUCUCGGACGGAAAAAAUUCAUGGGGAAUCACCUCGGAGGAUCAAGGAAAACACUCCACCACUCUUGGAGGAACCACUGGAGGCUUUGAUCUCCCAGUGUGACAGUCCUACAGCCGGAAUUAUCGAGAUUGAAUCCUCGUCUCCGUCGCACACCUCUGAACCCCCCAGGAUUGUCGAUGUUCUCUCUAUCAAUUCGUCACGGAAGUCUAGGGUCAUCGAUUCCAGCGAUGAAAACACUCUGGAGGAAGUUUUGAGUGCGGGCUCUUCGAGCUUCGACAAUGACGAGGGUUGCGAUAAAACCAUGGAGGCACUCAUCGAAGACCCUGACGAUUUCUCGCAGGUCGAUGAUCAUUUCGGGAAGGGAGUCGAGGGUUUUGCGGUCCACUCUCAGGACUCUGAUAGAACGUAUUAUUCAGGGGCCAAACCAGUGGAGCGACUCAUCAUCGAGGAGUUGUCUCAGAAAAUAUCUGAGGCUUCGAGCAUUCAAGUCUCGAAUGUCAAGUCCAGUAUGACCAUUAGUGAUAAUUCAGCUAGUGCAGAGGCUUCUCCAUCGUCCAGAAGGAAUGAUAACGAGAUUUAUCCCACAAUCGGAAAUAAAAUUGGAAAGAAGAAAAAAGCUAAAAAAGGAUCGUUGCUUGAGAAAUUUCAGACAUUGAUCAACGGAAAAAUUUCGUUUCUACGUAUAUGGCGCCAUCAAAUGGCCCAGGGACAUUUCAAAGGGACCUGCAAUCAAUGUGUGAUAAUGAGAAUAAAAAAAUUCUCAACUUCAUAUGGAAGGCCUUAUUUUCAAGGGCCAGUCAUCAGGGAUUCAUUAAAUCUUUUGGGGAGAGUGAUUAGUUCAUCAGACUUGAGUGCUCCAAAUAUCUCCAGUGAAUCACUGAGAAGGACUAUUACUGUUUUAACGAUUCCAGAAAUUGUGGGGCAAGUAACCGUUAAGGACAAGAGUGCUCUAAAAUUUUACCUACCUUGGGAGGUAAUUGACGCUGAAAAAUUAAUUAUCAGUGUUCUGCAUUUUAAAUUAAUACCCGAUGAUGACGAGGAAUCUCAGGUUGACAGGGAACAAUCAGUUAAGGAUGUAGUUAUUCAUGAAUUUGAUUGCCCUUGUCUGAGGGCUGGGGAACUAGUCCCUUCCUGCCCCGUAAAAUUCACAAAUUCAAAACCAAAUCCAAUAGAUUUCUUUCUCAAAUACACGAUGUCCAUCGCUCAAGAUCGUCCGGAGCUCUACGAGGAGGUGAAACUCUACAAAAAUGCUAGGGAAAGGGAGAAGCACGAUAAUCAAGCUGAUUUGUAUGCAGUCGUAAACACCCUUCAGCAUUUGGAGAAGGCUUACAUAAGAGACUGCGUUACUCCGAAAGAAUACACAGCUGCUUGCAGUAAAUUGUUGGUUCAAUACCGAGCAGCUUUCAAACAGGUUCAGAGCGAUCAAUUCCCCACGAUCGACGCCUUCGCCAGGGCUUUUCGCCUGGAUUGUCCAGCAGCUUUGGAGCGAAUCAAAGAGGACAGGCCAAUAACGAUAAAAGAUGACAAAGGCAACACAUCGAAAUGCAUCGCUGACAUUGUCUCAUUAUUUAUCACUCUCAUGGAUAGACUUCGUCUUGAUAUAAAGGCCAUGGAUGAACUCCAUCCGGAUCUACGUGAUCUCCAGGAUACCAUGAAUCGUCUCAGCAUCCUACCGAGUGAUUUCGAUGGCAAAACGAGGGUAUCAGACUGGCUCCAAACUCUCAAUAACAUGUCAGCGUCUGAUGAAUUGUCCGAAACCCAAGUGCGACAACUGCUUUUCGAUCUGGAGACGUCCUACAAUGCAUUCAACAAAGUACUCCACAAUUCAUAGUUCGUUAAAUAUUAUGUACAAUUGUCCCAUGUCAAAUAUUAUGUCACAAUAUUUUUUUUAUAUUAUCAAAUGAUGCGCAUUAAUGUGAAUUUGAAGAGGAAUUAUUAAAUGCAUUCGUAGCAGCUGAACAUUAA